AUGAUGGACCAGCUGAAAUCGAAUCCUAACCCUAAAAAGUUGUGGGAGUGCAUUAAACAACUUGGAGGAUACCCAAAGGCAAACAAAAAGGUUUUCUCCUCCCUAGUUUGCGAUGAUGAGAUCAUCAACGGAGAAGUCCUAGCUAUUAAAAUUAACGAUGCCUUUACCGCAACUACUCAAGAAAUGUCCCCCUUGAAACAACCCCCCACUGAGACUCAGAUCGAAAGUAGUCAAUAUCUUACCCUCCCUGAGUAUAUCCCACCUCACUGUAACAGUAACCUUCAAGACCUAGUGGCCUAUAUAUUUAUAACUGGACUAUCGCAACAAUAUGAAGCUCAACGUAGAAAACGUAAAGAAAUGGUCAUUGACUUUUCCAAAGAAAAACGGAACUUUACGCCUCUACUGAUCAACGACGUACCAGUGAAACGCGUAGAAUCAACUCGCAUCCUCGGAACUACCUUUCAAGAUAAUAUGAAUUGGAACGACCACAUACACCAAAUUGUUAGGAAAGCUGUACAUGCUUCGGAUCUUAAAAAGAUCGAACGCCAAUUUGAAGAUAUUGCUCACGGUUUUCACUUCCAUCAUAAGACCUGUUUUAGAAUAUGCCUGCCAAGUUUGGCAUUUUAA